AUGACUAUCGACACUUCCAACGGACAAUUCAUCAUCUUCUCUCAGGGAGUCGGUUACGGGAUCGUGAUUGGUGUGGGUGCGGUCUUUGCCGUCACCAUGGCGUUGAUCUCGUGGCUGCUCUCGCGCUACAUGAAUGAGAUCCAGGACUCGGAAAUGCUGUCCACCGCAAAGCGGUCCAUCAAGUCAGGACUUAUAGCCAGUGCAGUGGUCUCCAGUUGGACCAUCGCCUCCACUCUGCUUCUUUCCACCACCACGACCUACAGUCUUGGAAUAUCUGCCGCUUGGUGGUACGGAGGAGGUGCGUGUGUCCAGAUUAUCAUCUUUGCCACUAUGGCCAUCGAGCUGAAAAGAAAGGCGCCAAACGCCCACACUUUCCAGGAGAUCAUCAAGGUGAGAUUCGGAGCCGUUGGCCAUCUGACUAUGUGCUUCUACUCUCUUGCUCAGCAGGUGGUCUACACUGCAAACCUGCUCAUCAACGGUGCCUCCGUGUUUUCCAACAUGACAGGCAUGAGCAAAGAAGCCACCUGCGUGCUCUUGCCCGUUUUCGUCAUAGUUUACACUCUGAUUGGUGGUAUCAAAGCCACCUUCUUGACCGACUGGACUCACGUGGUUAUCAUUUUCGUGAUCAUGAUGACCUUAAUGUUUGAGGUCUAUGCCACAUCAGAUGUGCUGGGAUCCCCAGAAAAAGUCUGGGAGCUUCUGACGGAGGCUGCCAAGACUUACCCUGUGGCAGAGAAUCUGGACGGCUCGUAUCUGACGUUUACGUCCGUGAACAGCGGUCUGUUUGGACUUAUUCUGCUCGGAGCCGGAUGGGCAGCUGCCGUCGACUCCCAGCUGUUCCAGAAAGCCAUAGCGGCCAAUCCUGCUGGAGCGCUUACGGGAUACACCCUCGGAGGCCUGUGCUGGUUCACUUUGCCGUAUGCAUUGGCAACCACCAUGGGCUUGGCGUGCCGUGCUCUGGAACAAACCAGCAGUUUUCCGGUCCCAGGUGGACUCACAGAGCAACAGCUCUCCAACGGGCUGGUGCUACCAAUUGCUGCGUACGCGAUUAUGGGUAAAGGUGGUGCCAUAGGCAUCUUGCUGAUGGUCUUUAUGGCAAUCACCGCGGCUUAUUCUUCAGAAACAGUGGCUGUGUCUUCGUUGCUGACCUACGACAUCUACAAGUCUUACAUCAACCCCAAAGCAGACGGCAAGAAACUGGUUUUCGUCACGCACGUGAGUGUUAUUUUGUUCAGUGCGGUGGCUAUUGGACUGGCUAUCGGGCUUGGCCAGGCCAACUUCGACGUGUCGUUCAUCACCACUGCCUCCGGUAUUAUUGUCAACGUCUGCGUUAUUCCAAUGAUCUGCACGCUUUUCUGGAGGAAGCUCUCUACAUUUGCGUUCGUCGCCAGCAGUACGCUCUCGACGUGUAUUUCGCUGGCUAUUUGGAUCGGGUACAGCUACUCGGCAUCUAAAUCUGUGACGAUUGCCACAUUGUCUACAUACCGUGCUCUGGCAGCUGGUAACACGGCGGCCAUAUUUGUGCCAGUUGUGUUUGUGCCACUGUUCACCUACUUGAAGCCAGCAGACUUCGACUGGAAUAAAUGGAAGACCGAGAUUAAACAGGUCGACGACUCUGAGUACGACAAAGAGCAAGGCUUGACAAACGUUCUGAGCGGAGAAGACCUGACCGAAAUUGUUCUCACCAAAGAACAGGAGGAAGAUGCCAUGAUGAAGCGCAAGAGGAAUUACGGUAUUGGUUUGGCUGUUUUCUUUGUCCUGUUCUUCUUGGUGCUCUUCCCAAUGCCUCUGUACGGGAGCCACUACAUUUUCACAAAAACGUUUUUCCGGGGCUACAUUAUUGUCACCUUUUUGUGGGUGUUUUUCUCCGUCAGCGUCGUCACUGCUUACCCUGUGGUGGAAAGUUUGGACGGUAUCAAGACGCUCUUUAAGAACAUCUUUACAAGAAAACGGAGUCACGUGUUGUACUCCGACCAAGUUCUAAGCCAGGUGACAAGCCGCAGAGCGGAGGCUGACAAUAAAGAGGAGGCGGUCGUGAACAUUAGUAUGGUUAACUAG